UCAAAGCCAUAGAAAACGAUCGAAAAGCCUUUUAUGAGCGACUCUAUGAGAAAUACGCCCAGUUAGAUGCGGCGACCAAUGAGGAAGACGAGGCUGAAGGGAGUUUUGCCUUAAGCGAUGAUGGAGAUUGGGAUGUGGGCGACUUUCAUAUUCCCAGCCCCAUCCCUCUCCGGAACGAGCGCUUCCAGGAAUAUGUUCAAUCUCACGCUCUUUACUACGAGGAAGCCCAAUCCGUUCUUGGCGAAGUUCACCAUCUCGAAGAAGAACCGACCGAAGAUAUCAUCAUUCAUUGUUUCGGAUCGGACACGGAGGAAUAUUCGGAGACGGACGAUGAUUCACCCCGCCAAAAUCAAUCCACCCCGUUGGUUGAUCCCUUAGAAGAGAAGAAUGGGAUAUCCACCAUGACCCCCAUCCUUCCUUUGCCAAGGACGACCUCGCCGCGCGCCCGAAGAAAUAUCUGUCCAUCAUUUACCGACGAAAUCGCCCUCUCACCCCCGGCAAAAGAUCAGAUGAAAGCGAUUUCGCUUGUAGCUCCCAAACGCUCCGAAGCUAAAAGCCCGAUUCAUAUCGUUCAAAAUGGCCCCGAGUUCCUCAAGAAAACAGGGAAACUGAACAAGAAGCAUCCAUCGUGGAGGGAUGAAUCGUUAGCGGACUCAACCUUGGCGAAUCUUAAAAGCUUAGUGAAGACCCCCAAAGUUCGAUCUCCUGCCAAACCAAACCAUGACACGCCCAAAAUAUCAUACAAGAAAUCACCUCAAACGCCUCAGAAUAGAAAGAAAACCACGACGGCCUUGCCCAAAGUUGCCGAUGACGAUACCCCCCCCGUGGAACCGGCUUUAAAAGGGUCAUCGAAGGCGAUGACAGUGAAGGGCAAAGCAAACUCGUCCAAGGCGAAAAAGACCACCAAGGCCGCGUCUCCNAAUGGCUCGUAA